ACAGCUUUAUUGUAUCCGUUUGUCAAAUUCUAUUAUAAAAUCAAGCAUGAGCAUAAGGCUGAAGGGUUCCUCUUUCGUUUGGAAUUAUUUUGAAAAAAAAUCAAAUUAUUUUGCAAGUUGCACUUUAUGCAGGAAAGAAUACUCAACGAGCGGCAACAAUUCAAACAUGAUUGAUCAUCUCAAACGCAUGCACCGUAAAGAAGUUUCUGAGUUAAAUGAGGAGGAGAUAGAGGAUGAGGAUAAUGACAAUUUACCUUCAACUUCAUCUCCAAAAAAGAAAUUCCGCCAAACUGUUCUACAACUGAGACAGCCCUCAGAUUUUUACAAAAAUAAUAAUCAUAAAAAAAUGAUGCACGAUAUAAGGUACCAUGUAAGAAAACUUUUACUGAGAAAAUUAUUCCUGGGAUUUUUGAAGAAGCGUCCAUUAAAUUGAAAAAUAUUCUGAUCAAUAUUGAUUGGUUAUCUUUGACAACUGAUUUAUGGACCUCAAUAAAUUCAGAGUCGUACAU